AUGACAAGUGUCCUUGCAUUUUUCUUCUCAAUGCAUGAAAUUAGUGGUCAACACCUCAUAGCAUUUAAACAUCUCAAGGACAACAUCGAGUUUUAUGUUAAAACCAAUGUUUUCCCUGCCGAUGCUGCUCUUUCCAAAACAGACAUCUUCCUUGAAACCAUCCACUUCUGUGUCAUCUUCGACCAUCACCAUCAUCAACACCUUCGCUCCCAAGCAUCCUACCUAUUCAUUCAUCUCAACCAGCAGGGUCAUCCCAUUCAUAUCUGGCCUGAACACGACCUCAAUCACAUCUUAGAUACCCUCCUCAUGUACUUUCCCACCCCUGCACAUAUUCUCCAAUCAUCUAACCCAUCCCCAAGUUAA